CUUUGCUCCGGUCUUGCUCGUACCUUGCUGUACGGAGGCGAACAAUUUCGGACUGGCAACAAGUUACUAUUACUAGUACUUAUCACCGAAUUAUUCACAGACUUCCGAAGUGGGCCUAAUGGUAGCGAGACAUUCCCUACCGGUGUUGGUUCAGAUAAUGAAGUCGAGCUCGUGACUCUCCUCUCAUCUGAUCCUUCAAGCUCAAGUUUCACUACAACCCCACUCUCGAGCUGAUUGUCCUCACCUAGUAUUAGAUCAUGUUGGCCCUCACCAACGUCACUGCGGUCGACCUAUGCCUUGCUUGUGUCGGAGUAUAUCUGCUUAAGCAGGUCUUCGACAAGAAGAACCCUCCAUAUCCCCCUGGUCCUCCGGGGUGGCCUCUCAUCGGGAAUGUCCUGGACAUGCCCCACAUAAAGCCCUGGCUCACCUUCACAGAGUGGGGCAAGCAGUAUGGUGACAUUUCGCAUAUCAAGGUCCUGGGUCAACACAUCAUAGUGCUGAACUCCGUCAAGACUGCGAUGGACAUGCUGGACAACAGGGGCACUGUUUACUCCGACCGUCCUGUCUUGCCUGUUGGUGGUGAACUCAUUGGUUACAAAAAUGUUAUGCCUCUCCUCCCUUACGGCGACCGUUUACGCCGGUACCGCAAAAACUUCCACAGCGUCAUUGGCACCCGCGCCGCUGUGGGCGUAUACAGCCAGGUCGAGGAAGCCGAGACUCACCGAUUCCUCAAGCAUGUGUUCGCGAAACCCGAUCAACUGCAGGCGCAUGUUCGACACACUGCUGGCGCCGUGAUCCUGCGCAUCUCUCAUGGGUACGAGGUGAAAGAGAACGACGAUCCUUUCGUUGACCUUGCAGACCGCGUUAUGGACCAGUGGUCGCGUGCCACCGCUCCUGGCGCUUUCAUGGCUGAUGUCGUGCCAUUCUUGGUCAAGGUCCCCGAAUGGAUGCCUGGUGCUGGCUUCAAGCGUCUGGCCCGCGAGUGGCACGAUGACCUCGAAGAAUUGAUUUCUGCACCGCACAAGUUCGUCGUGGAUCAGAUGGCUGCUGGCACCGCCCCAGAGUCUUUCACCUCGAAUCUGUUGAGAGGCGGUAGUUUGUCAGCGGAAGACGAGCACAGUGUGAAAUGGUCUUCUGCAACCCUAUACGCCGGCGCUUUUGACACUACUGUUUCUACUAUCAAUGCGUUCUUCCUAGCUAUGACGCUAUUCCCUGACGUGCAGAAGAAGGCUCAGGCUGAAAUAGAUGCUGUUAUCGGUCCUGAUCGUCUUCCCUCCUUCGCCGACCAAGACUCUCUACCCUACAUCGGAGCGCUUGUUAAAGAGACCCUACGAUGGCAUUCUGUUAUCCCUACCGGUUUCCCCCACUGCGUCUCUGAGGACGAUAUCCAUGACGGGUACUACAUCCCAAAAGGUUCCAUGGUCAUGACUAACAUCUGGUUCAUGCUGAAUGACCCGAAGAACUACGCUAACCCUUCGCAAUUCAAUCCUGAACGCUUUUUAGGCAAGGAGCCUGAGACAGACCCACGCACGAUCUGCUUCGGCUUUGGAAGACGUAUUUGUCCAGGUAUUCACCUCGCUGAGGCCUCUGUCUGGAUAUCCGCUGCGAUGUCACUAGCCGUGUUCGAUAUCUCGAAGGUCGUCGAGAACGGUAUUGAGAUCAUCCCUGAGGUUGAUCCAUUGUCAGGCACAAUCAGCCACCCUAAACCCUUCAAGUGUUCCAUUAAACCUCGCUCUUCAAGAGCCGUCACGCUCAUUGAGCAGGAUGCUAACUAUUAAGAUGAAUCGCAAAUCAGAGGCAAGCGGAGAUUUUCAUACCUGAAAUCUAGGUCCGUCAUAGUUUGAACUUUGUAUCAUAGUGCAGGAUCGACUUUGAUGUCACAUCGCGAUACAAUUGUACAUAUCUUCCUGUUCCAUGUUGUUGACAGUGCAUACUGAGUACUCUGGCAGACGCUUGUGGUCUACACCUCAGGCUUGACGCAUGGUAGCCACACCCGAAGUUGUCCCAUUUAGGGCUUGCUGCAAAGUGACGCGAAUCCGAGUAUGACAUGGAUGAAAUGACGUUUUUGAUUAGUCUAUCACCUGCAGGCUUCCGCUUACUCGGAGGUUGAUGAUAUCUUUGAUCACGGACAAAAUAACGAAGCCUACGCAGAGUUUGGGUGUACUGUCACAUUAUUGGCCAGCCAAUUGAUAGGACUACACAAU